AUGCCCACCACGACAAAUAGAGCUGAUGAACUCUCAAAUGAUACUACAUCCUCAUCAAGUGAUGGACUGUUAGAGUUGCAAGUUGCUGACUUUAUGUGUCUGUUUUUAGAUACCUUCCCCACAGUAGCGGCGUUAGGGCAGGGCGCGGUUGGGCGACCGCCCAAGGGCGUCAACAAGAAGGAGCGCCAAAAUCGAAAAAGUAUAUGUGAGGGAGAAAAAGUAAAGUCCGGAGUUAUAUCGCUAGCCAAAAAAUUCAAAUACUAUGUGAUUAUAGCUGAAUGCACCAGAUAUAUUGCUCACGUAGAACAACUUUCACUCACACUCCGAUUUGUUGAUUAA